AUGGUAGAGCCUAUAGAAGAGUUUGAUGUGGAUACCAUUAUUGAUAAGCUGCUGACUGUUCGAACCUCUAGGCCUGGGAGGAUGGUCAAUUUACUUUCAACUGAAAUUGAUUACCUUUGUAAAAAGUCCAGAGAGAUUUUCAUACAACAGAGCAUAUUGUUAGAACUAGAAGCUCCAUUAAAAAUUUGUGGCGAUAUACACGGCCAAUACUACGACUUACUAAGACUUUUCGAGUACGGCGGGUUCCCGCCAGAGUCAAAUUAUCUUUUCCUAGGAGACUAUGUUGACAGGGGCAAGCAAUCAAUAGAGACUAUAUGUCUCCUGUUUGCUUACAAAAUCAAAUAUCCAGAGAACUUUUUCAUUCUACGAGGUAAUCAUGAAGCAGCAAGUACAAAUAGAAUCUAUGGGUUCUAUGACGAGUGUAAACGACGGUAUAAUAUUCGAACCUGGAAAACGUUCACGGAUGUUUUCAACUGCCUCCCAGUAGCAGCAGUCAUAGACGAGAAGAUCUUUGCAAUGCACGGUGGUCUUUCCCCAGAUAUCCAUUCUAUGGACCAGAUUCGUCGUAUAAUGAGACCAACCGAUAUCCCUGAUGACGGGUUAUUAUGCGAUUUAUUAUGGGCUGAUCCGGAUAAAGAUGUCACCGGAUGGGGUGAGAAUGACAGGGGUGUUUCUUAUACUUUUGGAGUGGAUGUGGUCAAAAAAUUCCUUGAAAAACAUGAUUUAGAGCUGAUAUGUCGAGCACACCAAGUGGUUGAAGAUGGCUACGAGUUUUUUGCUAAACGUCAACUUGUUACAAUAUUCUCUGCUCCUAAUUACUGUGGGGAGUUUGACAAUGCUGGUGCUAUGAUGAGUCUGGAUGAGAACCUGACUUGCUCAUUCCAGAUCCUUCGGCCAGCAGAAAAGGGACUUUCAAGAGGAAAAGGACCUUUUGAAGGACGUCGCAAGAAGAAGAGUAGGGACUCCGAUUGGUAA